CUCUUUAAUUCUUCUAUAUUUCUAAUCAACCAACAUUGUAGAUGCAAGUCCAUAAACUUCAAGUAACUCAAUGUUAUAACUUAUGGAAUAAAUAGCCCUAGUUUUUUUUUUUUUUUUUUUAAAAAAAAAAAGUGAAUAAAUAUAUAGGGUAUUCAAUCAUAAAAAAAAAAAAAUUAAGCCAAUAGAAAGUCCAUUUAGCAGGACGUUUUUGCAUCCUCUUCAUUUUGGCUUUGUUGUCACAAAUUGUAUCCCCGCUCCAAAGCUUGUUGGGCGCACACACAAACAUACUACACACACACACACACAUAAAAAACGAACCAAAAAGAACCUUUUUUUUUUAUCAAUGUCCAUCCCCAAGUUUCUAUUCCUCACACUCCUUUUCAACUUGUGUUCUUGUUCCAUUGCUCUUAUUCAACAAGACAUUUUAGCCUAUCCUCGUUAUAAAGUAGUCUUGACUAAUGAAAAGGUUCCGGAAUCCACCAAAAAUGUAGAGGUACCUACGUCCAUUAGUAACACCAUGGUGAUGAUGUCUUCUUUAGGACAACCUUUUUCAUGUACCAUCCCCAAUGUUCAAGUAGAAAGAGAGAGACUGGAACGUGAAAAGGAAGAACAAGCCAAGGAAGAGACUGAACAAGAUAUUCAAGCUACGAUUGAUCGGGGUGUAGCCUUAUUAGCUCCUCUUUCCAAGAACUGUAUCCGAUUCUUUGCCAACACGCAUCAGUAUUGGGCCUAUGAGUAUUGUCAUAAUCAAUAUGUGCGUCAAUUUCAUGUGGAACGUACACAUGAUGGUAAAGUGGAAAAGGAACAGGAAACUGCCUCAUUUUAUUUAGGUAUCCAUCCUGGUGCAGAAACAAAGACAGUGAUGCGUAAAGUAGGUGAUAAACGGUAUCUGGUACAAGAAUGGACCAAUGGAUCUAAUUGUGAUCUUACAGGUGAGCCACGUCAAGUAGAAGUACAGUUUCAUUGUGAUAAACAUGGUCAGGAUUUUGUGUCUAGUUUUGUUGAGGUGUCUACAUGUCAUUAUCAAAUUGUGGUAUCUACACCUCGAUUAUGUGAAGAAAUGAAUUUAUCGCAUAAACAUCAUGCCGAAUCCCACGUGAUUGAAUGUAAACCCAUUGUACCUGACAACCUAAUUGAACAGGAACAGACCGAAAAGGAGGCCAACAAUGCAAAGAAGGAAGAAGAAGAAGAGGAGGAGGUUGUACGUGAUUUAGAUAUUUUGGAAAAGAUGGAUGAAAAGGAUAUCUUGUUGACCAUGAUUUCCGAUUUGACUGAACAAAUUAAUCAACUCAAGGACCAAAUGAAGGCUAAACCAGAAGUAAAUUAUUAUACCUUGACUAAAGAAAAUGCUCCCAAUCAGAUCUCGGGUAAAGAGAUCCAACAUAUUCUUAAACAGGUCAAACGAGCUGAGUCCAAGGAACAGCAUGAUAAUAAAGAGGCCUAUCAUCAAAACUAUCAUGAAUAAAAUGAUAAAUAAUAAAAAAAUCUUUUUUUUUUCGUUGACCGCACACAUAUAU